AACACUUUUAAUAAGAAUGAAGUGGUUUACUAAUGGAAGCUUUACGGCUUUCCUUUUAUCUAAUCUUUUAGUUUCAGCAGUAAAAGUCCCUGCUCAUCACCUUUAUAAUACUCAUGAAAUACAAGAUGAAUUAGUAGAAAAUUUUAGAGAGCCUAAGAAUAUCAUGUUUGCAUCCAGUUUUGGUGGUUCAUCUCACGCCACUUGGGUUUUAUCAAUAUUGGAUGAAUUAUAUCAUAGAGGCCAUAAUAUUACUUAUGUUUCAACUAAUCUUCAUGCAAAGUUUGCUAAACCAUAUCCAUAUUUUAAUACUGUUGUACUUGAAAAAGAACGCAGUGUAUUGGGAAAAUCAGUAGAUGGAAAACAUGUACCGAUAGGUGAUAUUAUUGAAGAACUUUUGGACUAUGCAAAUCAAGAGUUUGGAAAUGAUUAUGCAACCUUUAAGAAUAUUAUGGUAAAUCGUAGUAUGGAUAUAGCUAUUUGUGAUUAUGGUGCUGCUUCUGGUUGUUCAGAAGCAGCUAAGGAUACGAAAACACCUUAUAUUGUUACAGCAGCGUUUGGAAUGAUUUCAGAUGCAUCUGCUCCUUAUAUUAAUAAUAAUGUUCUUUCAAUGCGCGAACCUACAACGAUCAACAUGACACUCAUGGAACGAUUUAAUGAUAGAAUUAUAACACCUAUAAAACUCGCUAUAAAAAUGGGACCUAAAGUAAAACAAAUAAUUAGACAAUAUCGUGAAGCAGGCUGCAGUGUAGACAAACUAGAACUUGACCCUAGCGCUCAUCAAAAUGCACUCAAGUUAAUUAAUAGUUUAUAUGGUAUUGAAGCUGCUCGCCCUAUGGGUCCUCUUGUUGAAUUGGUCGGCCCUAUUGUACCUCGAAAAUACAAUCCACUUACACCCGAAUUAAAAACUUUUCUUGACACCCAUAAACGUGUGCUAUAUAUUGCCUUUGGACAGCAUGCCUCUUCUACUUCAAAAGAUUUGGAAAUGAUUUUGAUUGCUAUCAUGGAAAGUAUUGAAGCAGGAGCUUAUGAUGGCUUCUUAUGGGCCUCUCGCGAUCUUAAUGAUCGAUUCCCCAAGAAAAUUAUGACUCAAUCAGGGCGCAUAUAUAAUGUUGCUGAUAUGUUUGCUGGUUUACAACCAAAUGCUCAUUUCAUUCAAUGGGCCCCUCAAACUGCAGUCGUCAUGCAUCCCUCUGUCUCUGUCUUCUUAACUCAUGGUGGUGCGGGCUCUUUAUACGAAGCCCUUUACGCUGGUAAGCGUCUGAUUGUUUUCCCCUUCUUUGCUGAUCAAUUUCCCAAUGCCAAAAAUGUUGAACAUAAUCAGAUAGGUGGUUUCUUGAACCCUGAAAAUACUCAAGAAGAAGCAAACGAGUUAUUACAGCGAAUUGGCUAUGAUGUUGAUGGUACUUAUCAAAAGAAUGCUAAUCGUUAUAAAGCAUUAGUCCAAAUCCAUUCAAAACACGGUAUAAUUCGUGCUGCUGAUCUUGUUGAAGAAGUCUUAUUUGUUAAUAAGGAUGGCUUAUUACCUUAUCGCUAUGAAGUUAGUAGACAGAUGUCCUUUAUCAAAGCACAUAACAUUGAUAUCUAUGCCCUUGCUGCUUUUAUCGUUUUGGCACCUAUUGUUUUGUUUGGUGUUAUUAUGAAGAAGCUAUUCUUUAAGAAAACUACAUCAUUGAUAGAUAAGCAGAAAUUAAACUAAUUACAUUAAUAUGUGUACAUAGAGCUUAUACUUUUAAAAUAAAUAAUAUAAAUAGAAUUGGUCAAGUAGAAUGAU